AUGAUUUUUUCUAAACUAGAUUUGUUUUCGACUCCAUUUUCUUUCAAUACUGGAAAUUAUUAGAAUAAAAGAGGAACGUUAUUAGGAACUAUCCUUUCAUUUGCUGUCUUAGUUACUACGCUUUCAUAUUUUAUUUACAUUAUCUAAUAAUAUGCUACGAAUUAAAUAGACCCAAUCUUUAGGACAUAAAGCCUGAUAAGUCAAGAUUAUAUUGAGACCUAGCUUAACAGUGAGUUUGUUGGAUUUAGAUUUGAGGUAGAUAGCACAAUUUAGCUUUCCCCAAAUAAAACAUACUUAGUAUAUUUAGCUUUCUUCUAACUAAAUACUGAUACUCAGAAUUAUUUCCUACCUCUUAAUGUAGUAGAAUGUACUGAUCCUAAUCUUUUAGGAUUUAAAUGUCUUGACUUUACGAGUUUGUAUAACUAAACACUAUUUCUGAAUUCUCGUUAGAAUGCUAAAUCAACAAUUUAGAUUAUGACAUAUGGAUGUCUUGAUAUUGAUUAACUAAAAACUUCAAUACCAUCAAAUUGUGCAAGCUAAACAGAAAUUGACUAAAUGAUUAAUGGAAUUAACUCUAUUUUAAGAUUCAAACUCUUCACUUCUCAAUACAAUACAGCUACUUAACAAGUAGAAGUUAACUAUAGAAAUGCUUAUGUCUAUACUAUAGCCAAUUAAUAAAUAUUAACAUAGCUGAAAAUCUAAAAUUAAAAUACAUCAGUAAAGUAAGGGUUAAUAAUCUAAACAGGAUAGCACUUUUCUUCACCAAUUUAAUACACUCAACAAGAUUAAAGCUACAAUAAAAAUUAUGCUCUCGAAGAAACUGGCGCAGGUUCAUACAGUUAAGCAAUAAUAAUGAUUGAUGAGAUAGUUUAGCAUAUUUAAAUUUAAUAUCCUACUUUACCAUAAGUUUUUGCACUAGUUAGCAGCAUUUUUACUUUGUUGAUGUUUGUUGGUAUUUUUGGAAGACUUUUUUCAAAAAAUUCUAUCAAUAAUGACUUUUUAAUCCUUUUCUUAAAAAGCAUCUACCAGCAAAAUUAUUUAAAACUUUUAAAGGACUAAAAUUAUUUUAUCAAAUAAUAAUAAUAAUAAUAAUAAAUUCAAUCAAAAAGAGAAGAUUAACAAAGUUAAGAAGGAUAAAGCUAAGGUGACGAGUAUGAUACAAAAGCAAAUUUACAAAAAUUAAAUAGUCAUUAAGUUCAUAUUAUGAAUUUGAAUAAAUAUAAAUCAUAUAAAGAAAAGUAUUAAUAAAAAAAUAAUAUUUGUUAAAAUAUAGAAAAUUUAUUAGCUACUUCAAAUAGCUUGAAGAAAAUUACUAAUUUAUAGACUCCAAAGAAUAUCUGUGAACAAGAAACUAAUUUUGAUAAUUUAGAUAUUGUAGAAUCUGUUAAUUAUAGACAAGGGAAUUUGUAAAAAGAAAUUUAAUCAAAUUGUGCCUCUUAAAUUAAUUCCCUAAAAAAUUAUCCAUCUCCAUAACAAAAUAAUUAGUCUGUAUUUCAAUUUAAAAAUAAUGAUAUCAAAUAGAACGAUUGUGAGUAAUUAAAUUUAGUUUAGAAUUUGUAAUACAUAUAAGACGCGAAUACCUCCAAAUUAAUAAAAAAGGAUAUUUAAAAGUUAAAAAAAUAAAUGUUAGAUUUGAAAGGAUUUUAAUUGCAAAAAAUAGAAUAUUAAAUUAGAAAAGACACAAACAUUUUUAAUUUUGUGAAGGAUAUAAUAUUUCUUAAAAAAGCUAUAACGAUGCUAUUAUCAAAAGACCAACUAGCAGCUCUUUAACUUUUAGGUUGCUCUUCUAAUUUCUUAGAACUAAAUUUAAGCAGUAUUAACUCAAACUUUGAUCAAUUUUAAUAUAGCUAAAAUAUAAGCCAUUAUGAAAUGUAACUAGCCAUUUUACAAUAAGAAAAAUUUUUAAAUUACUAUGUGCAAAGUUUUUUAAAAAGAUGUUCUUAAGGUGACAUUAAAAAUGAGACAGACAUGAGAAUUUUUUAGUCUAUAUAAAAGUGUCAUUUGUAACAAUGA